AUGGCAAUGGUGGUGAUGGUAAAAGCGCAACUAGUCAAAGAGGACAUAAUCGCAAUCGUGGCCGAGGAUGAGGUCGUGGACGCAAAAAAAGGAGGAGAGAGUCAAUCUGACAAUGAAGAUAAGCAAGAUGAUGGGGUCUUACUAAUGGCUUAUAGUGGUGUGGACAUCGAGAGUUCAUUUACGUGGUAUUUGGACACGGGAGCAUCCAACCACAUGUGUGGAAGAAAGGAAUUCUUUGCGGAGCUCAAUGAAGAAUUUAGUGGCACUAUCACGUUUGGUGAUUUGUCACAAAGGUCAGUUAAGGGGAAAGGCAAAAUCCUACUCCAGUUGAAGACUGGUGGUCGAAGCUAUAUUAGUGAUGUGUACUAUGUACCAGAGAUGAAAAAUAACAUUUUGAGCUUGGGGCAAUUAUUGGAACGGGUUUAUGACAUCCAAAUGAGAGGCGAUACACUUUCCAUGUUUGAUAAGAACUAUGUCUUGGUCGCAGCUAUAAAGAUGGCCAAAAACUGCAUGUUCCCACUCCAUUUGAACAUGAGUUAG